AUGAUGCACGCAGAUACUCUAUUUUGUAUUAUUGAAUUUCUUUCGAUUCGUGAUGGAGUUUCCCUCCUGUCUGCCUGUAAGGCUUGGAAUGAAUUGGAUCGAUAUGAAAUUGUUUGGAAAACAUUGCUGAGCAACUUUUUAAAAACCAAGAUGAGUUUGUUUAUUGGUAAAUUAUCAUCAUCGGAGCAGAAAAGAGGAAAAUCAAGAAGCACCAAGAAGGGAAUUAAUCAUUACAAGGGUAUAUUGGAUAAAUUGAAGAGGUUUUAUCAAACACAGAUUUUAAAGGAGGAAUCGGUACAAAAGCCUAGUUUUCAAAAGUAUAUGGAUGAUGAUGAGGGAGAAAAAUCAACUGCUUUCGGGAUGAGAUUUAAAAAGUUGAGUGAAUCAGCUGUUUUCAUGUAUUAUAAAUUGAUGAUGGUGGGAGGAUUGGAUGAAAUUAAGAAUGAAUUUGAUUUGACAGUUAUUAAUUAUGAACCUGAUGGUUUUUUGGCGCAAUAUUUUCUUAAUCAUGUUGAAAAAUUCACUCUCAAUGGAAGAAAUAAUGAUUCUGUUUUUGCUAAUGAGUAUUGGAAACAAUAUUCUUUUGAAAUUGUUGAAAAUAUGUUCUCGGUUGAUUUUGACAGAGAGCUUAGCUCAGAACAAUUAACUUCAUUUUUAGAAAGGUUUAAACCUGUUCUUAAAGAAAAUAGUUUAGAAAAUAUUUUGCGUUGUUAUGUAGUUCGAGAUGUAGAUGAAAAUGGAGUGGACAAAUUUUUAGAAUUUUUACUGAGCUACAUCUCUGUAGAAGGAAAUUACCAAAGAGCAAGUGAUCCAUUUAUCACUUUCAGAACAUUUAUUAACAAAGACAAUAUGGUGAUAUUGAAAUAUUUGAAGAAAAUCAUUAAUGUUAUUUAUCCAAAUAGAUUCCUGGAAAUCUUCAAGAAUUGCAUAAACCAUGCUGGAACCGCCUUCCACUGUUUAGAAUAUUUCAAUCCUAGACUAUUUGAUAAUCCAACAAUACUUGUGGACAGUCUUUGUCAGCUUUUGGAAAUUAUCGAAGAAAAAUCUAUUCACUAUUCGAAUAUUGCAGAGCGCAAUAUUUUUUUACAGAAAGAGGAACAAGUCAUAAUAGAGUUAUUAGAAAAAAGAGGAUUGAUUGGAAAGGAAGAUUACAAAAUAAUAUUUCACAAAUUCAAUUAUUCCUCCAAGAUUCCAGAUUUGCUUCCCAAAAUUGAAAAUUUUGACCCCUAUGAAAUAAUUGAAACUUCAGAAGGAAAUUACAAUUUUAUUUACUCAGUAUUUAAAAGCUACUCUUUCUGUUCGAUCAACACCUCCCUCAAGCCAUUCUUUGAAAUCUAUCCUGAAAAGUUAGAUUUAAAUAUUCUAACGACAAGAUUGAAAAUAAGCAUGCAAUCAUUCAAAGAAUUAAUCAAUCAUUAUAUUGUGUGCCAUUUUUUGGACUAUCAUCAAGUGGACGAUCUUACAGAAUCAAUAGAAAUAAUGACGAACUAUUUUACACCAACAAUUUUGGAUGUUUCAUGUAUUGAACGAAUUGUAAACUAUUUCAAAGUAGUUCUUAUGAGUAGAAUGGCUUAUCCAGGUAUCACAAGUGUUACCCUGCUUGAUGGAUUUAAGUAUAUUCUUGAACAUAUUCAACAUGAAGGAGUUCCAUUUGACCAAUACUGCAAAGGUAUUCGAAACAAAUACAGUACAGAUACUCUAGUGUUCCAUGAUUUUGAUGGAGAGGAAAGAAUGGCCUAUCUCUACAAAAGUUGCCUGACCAUUAUCGAAGAGAUGCCAAAAUUUUAUGCAAUUAAUGAUUAG